AUGAAGUCUCGCAUGGAUCCAUUCUGGUCGUCAGAGAGAAUUGGGCAGAAUACUUUGGACCGCUUGCCGUAUCGCCCUCCAACCCCUGAUGCACUGCUCAAAUCCUCCGGCCAUUGUUGGGACUAUCAAGCUUCGCCAGAGUUAACCAAAUUCCUUCGCAGCUCAAUCGAAGAACAAUUCAGACACUGCGAGAGCGGGUUUCUCGAUAAGCUCACAAUCCCACAUUACCUGUUCAUUUUUAGUGCCGGCACUGGCAAAUCACGAAAUGCCGCUGAGCUUCAUAAGACUGCUUUUAAGUGCUUCGAUGGCACCUAUUUCAAAGAGAAGGACGAGAAGCUAGCCUCUCAGCUUCGGAAUCCAUUUGUAUUUCAUGUUAGCCUCGAAAACGGCACCGGCCUCCAGGCAUUUGAAGAUGAUCCGUGGAGAGCCAUAGGUAUGCGGAUUCUUUUCCAGAUCCUUCUACAGGAAGCGACAUCUAGUGGGCUUUCACUCGAAGAUGUUUAUUCCAAGUGGCACGCGCCCACGCCACGUGAGGUCAUUCGGUUUCUUCAACCUGGGGACUCUUCUACAUUGGAAAAGAGAACGACAUUCCUCGUCGUGGAUGGCUUUCACAAGAUCUAUGAAAUAUUCGGGGGAUUCAUGGAGUUCGCUUCUUACCGAAGGAGAAUAUCUCUUCCUUGCAGUCUCCUGAAGCCGCCGACAAUUGAUGGCGAGCCAGUUUUCAUUACUAAAGACCUCGUUGGGAAAGUUGUCGUUGACGACUGUGGCGGCCAUGGCCCUGCAGGUACUGAUAAUGAUUUCAAAUUCUAUAUGGUCAAGAAACUGCAAGAUUACUAUGGCGAUAUAAUACCCGAAGAAAGCCAAGGGCUUGUAAUAGCCAAGGCUGCACUAGCCAACCGACGCCUGCGAAGAUUUGAUGUCAUUCCAGGGGCGGAAGUGACACCAGAUCAACUCUGCCAAAAGGGUCUGAUCCGCUUUGACAAUGGUGAGAAUUGGUCAAACAUAGGCGGAUACUUUAGGAUUCCAUACAUAUGGCUGUUGGCGUUAUGCGUGGCAUACCGAGAUAACCAAUUCUUUCAGGAACUCCAAAUACUUGACUACCGGGACUUCCAGUUAAAGCACAAUCCCAGCAUGUCUGAGCAAUUCUCAUGGUCUGAUUUUAUGAAACUAAUGGUCAAAAUCCGGAAGUUAAAGUCUCAUGUCUUCAAGAAUGGCGCAAAUGUGACUGUGGGAGACAUACAUGAGGGUGCAGUAAUGAAUGCUCGCACGCGCUAUAUUGGUUUCAUCAAUCAUCACCUUGACAAUGAUGUUGCACAUAAGCACAUCAUCCAGAACGCCGCUAGUGCGUUGUCGUUGGCAGGAGACGCUAUUUUAUCGCUUGAUUCAAACGUCCCUCUCACUGAGUUGCAGCAAUAUAACAAUGCUUAUGUUGUGCAAGCCGGAAAUGUUCUCGUUGACAUGGAAAACUGGGGUGAGUACUUUGGCCCGUAUGCUAGUAGAUCAUACUUGGUUGCUAGCGAGGCGCUGAAGAAGAGUGGAGAAAGGAAAAUGGGUAAAAUGGGAGAUUCUGGUGACAAGGAGGACUGA